ACGAUCAAUAAAUUCCACAAUUAAACUGUUGCAGCUCGCAGUACAACACAGACAUUGUUUACCGGUUGCAAUUGAUAUAAGUUUUUUGAAAUUUUUUAAAAAUUAAUAUAUUUCAUUGUUAAAGUUAAAGGAGAAGAAUGUUAACAGCUCGACUCUUAGAGUUUACUUUCAGUUACAAAAAUGGCUAUGCCAAGUAAUGUGCUUAUACGCAAUUUAUGCUCUGCCGCGCAAGCAAAGGUGAAGCAUCACAAUAGUUUCAAGACCUUGCAAAUAACUACACCGAAACCAUUUGUCUUCCAUGUAGAGCUGCACAGACCCAAACGGUACAAUGCCUUCAGCAAGGAAAUGUGGAUUGAAAUUAAGAACUGCUUUGACGAGUUGGCUGUCGACCCCGAUUGCCGUGCAAUCGUCGUAUCUGGAGCUGGAAAACACUUUACUGCAGGCAUUGAUUUGACUGAUGUGAUUAGUUUGGGAACUGAAAUGAGUGAUGUAGAUGACGUAGCACGUAAAGGAAUGAUUCUAGGUCGUACAAUUAAAUUAUAUCAAGAAUCCAUGAGUGCAUUGGAAAAUUGUCCAAAACCUGUCAUAGUUGCAGUCCAUUCCGCUUGCAUUGGCGCUGGCGUUGAUUUAAUAACUGCAGCCGAUAUACGUUACUGCACGACGGAUGCAUUUUUCCAAGUGAAAGAAGUCGACAUUGGCAUGGCUGCUGAUGUGGGUAGUUUACAACGUUUUCCCAAGGCAAUUGGCAGCCAAUCCUUAGCGCGUGAGUUAUGUUACACAGGCAGACGUUUUGAGAGCAGUGAAGCAAACAGUUGUGGGCUCGUUAGCAAAGUAUUUCCAGACAAAGAUCAUAUGUUACAGAGCGCUUUAGAAUUGGCAAACAAUAUAGCUGAGAAAAGUCCGAUAGCUGUGCAAGCUACAAAAGCAAAUGUAGUUUACUCACAGAGUAGACCAAAUCAAGAUGGAUUAGAUCAAAUCCGUGAAAUGAAUAAAUUAUAUUUGCAAUCUGAGGACUUUGUAAAUGCGGCCAGUGCUCAAUUAACAAAAGGAGAAAAGCCAAUAUUCUCGAAACUAUAAAUUAUUAAAAAAAUCUUAAUUUUUAUAAUAAAUGCACGUGAAAUAAAU